AUGCUUAUAUUCAAUUCCACCUACAGACGACAUCCGGUCUUAGCUGCUAGAUUGGUUAAAUUUAAGAUUAGCUUAACUGUGGCAGAUCUUAUCGUGUUGUAUAUUUAUGCUCCCACACAAAUCAUUUGGAUCAUUGCUUACAACUGGUACGGAGGUGACUUUUUAUGCCGUACCACCAAAUUCAUCAACACAUUUUCAUUGCAUUUAACAGCUAAUAUGCAAAUGCUCAUCGCUGCCGAUCGCUUAUAUAUUACUGCACAUUUACGACAAAUCCAUCAGGCAUAA